CCUCAAAACAUACUCCCUCCAAGCGCUCAGGCACCGCGACUCCACGUCUCUCAUCCAAUGGAUCCCGCUCAUACCUUAUCACAGAUGCUAUUUUUGGCUUGGUUUUGCUUGUUUGUUCAUCUCCACGAGUUCUGAUGUGCCAGUUCCUGGUUGAGUGACAGGUUCGGUGAGAUUAAAAUAGCUGCCGAGCGGGGAACGGCACCUCUCCAGCGCCAGGCUGGGAUUGACUGGUGAGUUUGAACAGUAUUUUAAGUCGGAGGGUUCUCUGGUCCUCCUGGUGGAUUGGUCUGCAUUCUGUUUUGUUUCGUUUUCCUGGUGUGCUGUUUCAUCGUUGAGCUGUGUUGGUGCUUCAAGCAAGCAAGCAAGUCGUCAUCCAAUCUGUUGUCCACUCCACUCACUCCCUUCCAUCUGUCAUAUCCACCAAGGGAUAUGCACGAUGAUCCUCCCUCGUGAUGGAUAUCCUCGACAAGACUCAUCAUCAUCCGUGGAGUCCUCCGCGUCCGGUCGGGACCAAAUGAUCAUUGGCGUGGUAUUCGGAGGAGUAGCAGUGGUCAUGAUCAUCAGCGCUAUUCUUCUCAUCCGAUGCAAGAAGCGGAUCAACGAACGCCGUCAUCGCCGUCAGCAGCAACGCUUGCUCGCCCAUCACCUGUCCCAGUCCACUACCGGGUACUAUCAGUAUCAUCCUGACUUGGAAGGGAGCAAGCCUCAUACUCCCGAAUACCCGCUUGAGAUCACCUCAUCGACCCAUCAGGAACCUUUCUCAUGUCUUGAUCAACAGCAACAUCAACCUCAGCAGAGGGUCAUUGAGGAUCCCCCGCCAGCGUAUCAGCCUCUUCCUGUGUAUGACCCUUCCCGGUACCAUGGGGUUGAUGGCAUGGUGGGCAUCGCGGUGCCGUAUCCUGGGGUCACGGCUAGUAUGUAUCGGAUGUCGGGAUUGGGGAUAGAGCCUCAGAGGAGAGUGCCAGAUAGGGACUCGAAUGCUUUUAGCUUUGCUGUUGAGGAGAGGCUGGAUGUGCCGGCCAACAGACAGGUUGGUGAAGUGGAGGAAGGUCAAUCGAUUCAGCGACCUAGACCAGUGUUGUCACGAUUGGUGACGAACUUUGGGUAGGCUGAUAUAGUCGUGGUCUUUCUUAUGUUUCUAUGGCGGGUGUUUGGAGUCCUGGUUGGUGCUGUUGGGUGUUAAGGUUGCUUGGGUUAUGGCUUUGAUGAUGAUGAUGAUGAUGAUAACGACGACAAUGAUGAUGAUUGCAGAUUAAAGUUGGGAUGAAGGUAUC